AGGCGCCUCGGGUCGGCCAGCCGCUGGGACCCGGACCUGCAUCCGGUCGCCACGGGCGUCGGCGGAGCCGCUUUCCCUCUGCGCCUCGCCUCGCCUGCUCUCGGGACGCGGCCCCCGCACUUGCUGGACUUUUCAAGUCACAUUCAGCGGAUAGGAUGAAAAAAUUUAAGAGAAGGCUAUCCCUCACGCUUCGAGGAAGCCAGACUAUUGAUGAAUCAUUGUCUGAACUGGCUGAGCAAAUGACUAUUGAAGAAAACAGCAGCAAGGAUAAUGAGCCUAUCGUGAAGAAUGGCAGGCCUCCAACCUCUCACAGUAUGCAUUCCUUCCUCCAUCAGUACACAGGGUCCUUCAAGAAGCCUCCAUUGCGGAGACCACAUAGCGUUAUUGGAGGAAGCCUUGGCUCCUUCAUGGCAAUGCCCAGAAAUGGAAGCAGAUUAGAUAUUGUUCAUGAAAAUCUAAAAAUGGGAUCAGAUGGUGAGAGUGACCAGGCUUCUGGGACAUCAUCUGAUGAAGUCCAGUCACCUACGGGUGUUUGUCUUAGAAAUCGUAUUCAUAGACGGAUCUCAGUGGAGGAUUUAAAUAAGCGGUUAUCACUGCCUGCAGAUAUCAGAAUACCUGAUGGAUAUCUUGAAAAGUUGCAGAUAAGCAGUCCACCAUUUGAUCAACCAAUGAGCCGAAGGUCUCGGAGAGCUUCAUUAGAAAUAUUGCUUCUAUCACCAUUCCUGUUUUGGUUAACACAUUCAGAAAUUGGGUUUGGAAAAAUGGAAACCUACAUCAAAUUGGAAAAGCUUGGGGAGGGUACAUAUGCAACAGUAUAUAAAGGAAGAAGUAAAUUAACAGAGAAUUUGGUGGCAUUGAAAGAGAUCCGGUUGGAACAUGAAGAAGGUGCACCCUGCACAGCAAUAAGAGAAGUUUCACUAUUAAAGGAUCUAAAACAUGCAAAUAUAGUAACCUUACAUGACAUUGUUCACACAGAUAAAUCUUUGACUCUGGUCUUUGAGUAUCUGGAUAAAGAUCUAAAACAGUACAUGGAUGACUGUGGGAACAUCAUGAGUAUGCACAAUGUGAAGCUGUUUUUAUACCAAAUUCUACGUGGUUUGGCAUAUUGCCACAGAAGAAAGGUGUUGCACCGAGACUUAAAACCACAGAACCUCCUCAUUAAUGAAAAAGGAGAAUUAAAGCUAGCAGAUUUUGGACUAGCCAGAGCCAAGUCAGUUCCCACAAAGACCUACUCAAAUGAAGUUGUCACACUGUGGUACCGGCCGCCUGAUGUGCUUCUCGGUUCCUCAGAGUACUCAACGCAGAUUGACAUGUGGGGUGUUGGUUGCAUUUUCUUUGAAAUGGCUUCUGGAAGACCUCUGUUUCCAGGAUCAACUGUGGAAGAUGAACUGCACUUAAUUUUCCGACUGUUAGGAACUCCAUCUCAGGAAACUUGGCCAGGUGUUUCUUCAAAUGAUGAGUUCAAGAACUACAACUUUCCAAAAUAUAAACCACAGCCUCUAAUUAACCAUGCACCCAGGUUAGACUCUGAAGGAAUUGAGUUGAUAACAAAAUUUCUUCAGUAUGAAUCUAAGAAAAGGGUUUCAGCAGAAGAGGCCAUGAAACAUGUGUACUUUCGAAGUCUGGGACCAAGAAUACAUGCUUUACCUGAAAGUGUAUCAAUAUUCAGUUUGAAAGAGAUUCAGUUGCAAAAGGACCCGGGUUUUCGAAAUUCUUCUUAUCCAGAGACAGGACAUGGGAAGAACAGAAGACAGAGCAUGCUCUUUUAAGUCUGAUAACAUGGUUUCAAGCCCAGCCCCCAGCCUUUCUUAUCAAUCAAGGACUCAGAUCUGAAGGCAAUUAUUUCUUUUGGUGGACUUGGAAUCUUCGUUUGUCUACACUGUCCUCUUCACAGUGGAGUCUUUUUAUUUUAGACCUACAAAUUGUUUUUAUAUUUGUUGUCACAGUGUGACAAUUUUUUUGUACAGUUGGUUUUACGGUCUUCUCUGCCAUUAGAGCCAGUAGGUUACAGCUAUUGAUGUAAUUGUAGCUGCAAUUUUUGUGCAGGACUGAGAAACACAGUGCAUUAUUUAUUGCGGAAUCAUUGCUGCUAAAUAACUACUGUCUAUUUAACUCAACAGUUGAAUGCCUGAAGAAGUUGCAGUGGCUUUAUUAUAUGUGAAUGCAUCUGUUUUUCCUCACAAGUUGUUUUACUGCUGCAUUUUUUGUUUUUAAAAUUAAACUGCAGUGUUUCCUGGAAUGUAAAUUCAGCUUUGCUUAACAGUAAAAUAUGUGAGCCAACUUGAACACUCUUACGUUCAUGCUAUAUAAUUUUUUAUUGAACAUUGGCAAAUAGAGUAGCUAAGAAAUUGAUAAGCACAUUUUUAGGAAAGCAUGUGAUGCAGAAGUUGAUUCAAGCAAGUGAAUACCUGACAUUUUGGGGAUCUCCCAUUAAAUACCAGUAAAUUAAAGCACCCAAAUUAUUUAUUUUUACCUUUCCUCAUUUUAGAAAUAUUUACUGCAUAUUAUUGGAUAUUUGUAUACUAAUACACUUACCUAUUUACAUUGUGCUUUAAUUUAGUUAAAACUAAACCAUACAAGUCCAGUCAAACAUGAGAGGUCUUGUUCUGUUUAUUUGUUUUAAAUACAAUUCUUUUAUUAGAAUGGAUGAUACUUCAUUGGGGAACAGUUUUUUUUCAUUUGGGAGCUGUGUGUAUGUGUGUGUUUAUUCGCUUGAAAUCAGCUGAAAGCUGUAAUAUGUCUUUGAAAUGAGCCAUGAUAAAUACAAAUGAGAGAAAUGAGAACUUGGAAGAUUGUUUUAAAGCAUUAUAGAUAUUAUCUGUUUACCAGAGAUAGUAAAUAUUAUAGUUUUAAUUAUGCAUCUUUUUGAACAUCAUAAAUACACCUUGGUGUUGGUAACAGUGUUUUAAGCAUUUGUGUUCACUUUUAAGGACUAUUUGUUUAGUGCAUCUUACCAACUGCAAAUCUUGAUUGCUAUAUUUUGAAAUGGUCAUGUAAAUUUUGGGCUUAUAUAUCAUGAAAAUAGUCAUAACUUAACUCCUUUCCUGACAUUCACUGUAAAACAUUCAGGGGUCCUACCAUUUCUGUUCAGGAAAUCUUGUAGUUUAUUGUUAUUUAACAGUAUUAAGUGAAUUUUUGUAUAUUUCAUUUUAACUUUAUUUGUGAAUAGUGAUUGUGGCAUGUUUGGGGUGUUAUUUUAAUAUUUCAUGAUACUGAAAUUUUAAUUUUUUAAGAAAAAUUUUCUGGAAGAAACAGAUUCAUGUGUAAUGGUGAAUAUUGGACCACUACUGCUUUUCACAUUUGUAAAUUGGUUUUAUGUUAAACCCUGUAGCCUAACAAACUGCUGUUAUUUCUAACUGACAGACAUGUAUUAAUAUUGUACUUCGAAGGUUAUAAAUAUUAUGUGAAAAUUCCUCCAUUUUGUUUUGAAAUUUAUAAUAACAAAAUCUUCAUGUUGUUAAAGUGUGGUUUUGUUGAGUCAGUUCUUUCUAGGGGAAGAAGGCUGUACAGAAUGGGAUCAUUUUCUUUUAUGAAUCUCCUUAAGAUAAUGAAAUCUCACUGUGCCAAUAGUAGUUAAUUUAUAAUUGUGCUGGCCAUUCAUUUAGUAAUCUUUACUGUAAUUUCAUAGGAUAGCACUUUUAAGUAUCAUUGUCAGAUUUUUAUCUCAAAGGUUAUAUAUUUCAUUUGUUGUGAAUAUGUUUGAUUCUUGUAUAUAAAAGGUGAAGAACUGUAUCCAGCAGUUACAUAAAAUUCUUCUUUCUAGGAAAAGCUAGGGAUGUUUCUUCAUUUUAUUAAGGAAUUUGACCCUUUUUUUUGAUACUUGAGCACCAUUCAGAUAUUGAAAACUUUGCAGUGAAGAGAGUUGAAACUCAGAAAUUUUGAAUCUUGAACACGAUUCAUCGUAAACUGACAAGGUUCUUAAAGUUAAAAUGGCUAAGAAUCAACACAUUGGCUGUGCAUGACCAUAUCUCAAUUUCUUGUGAUGAGAAGACAGGCCAGGAAGAGAAACCUGACAACUCCAGGGACACAGUCAUGUCAUAACACCCGACCAGGAGACCAGAGAAGCAAGAUAGUAAUCAAAACCUCUUUAGCUCCACCUUUCUCCCAGUGAAACCCUAAAUACCAGCAUGUACAGCCCCCUGCACAGAGGAAAACAUUAACCUUGACAAGCAAAAUGGAUCAACUCAGAAAAGCAUUGGAGACUUGAUCUUAACUUUCUUAGACAUCCUUGAUGAAUUCUUAGGCAUCCACUCCUUUAGUCAAUGAUAAUUACUGAACAUCAUUUUGUGUAUCAAGCAAUGUGCUAGGCGCCAGGUGCACACCACAGCAAACAAGGUGCUCUUGUGGCUUGAGAGCCCACCAUUUAACUGGUGAGGUUGCCAGAUGAACUUUUUAUUAUGGAACAAGAAGAUUAGUAUUAAGGGAAAAAAACCCUAAGUAUCCUUAUCUAUAAAAUCAUAAUUUUAUACAUAAGGAUAAUUAGGUCUUUUUCCUUAAUAAGUUUCCAGUUUUCAUAGUCAGUGAAAAUAUCCAAAACACUUCAAGAACUAAUUGUUGCAUUUAGGGGUAUCUGACAUGAGAAUGCCGCCUCAAUGAAAAUACCUGCCUCUGAAGGUGGCCUUUUGCAGCUGUGUUAACAUGAAUUCCUUUUGGAAACUUAAACAGUGAGUUCUUCCCUACAUUUAUUGAAGACGUUACCGUGCAGGAUUUACUGGGAAAAACACAUCCCUUAGAAAUUCCACAUUUAAAAGUUCAUUUCCAAACGCUCACCUGGAACAGCGUGUUUGGUCCUUGCAGGCGGGCGGGACUCAGUGGAGCAACUGGACUAAGGCUGCUCCAGAAAUGUAUGCUGGAUAGCAGUGGACUCGGGGUCAGAAGCAAUCCAUUUGGUGUCUGGGAAAGAAAGCACAUACACAGUUUUUGAUACUGUAUCACCUGACUCCAGCUGGGGUGAGCAGUGCAGGCCAGGGGCACUAGCCACAAACCAAGAGACAAGCCUCUCCGCUUUAGGAAAAUCUGACAACUUUGUUACUUCUGCGGGGCUGUGCACAGUUCAGUUUCCUUCGUUGCUAACUGUGGGAGCAAUUUUAUCAAGGAAGAAAGUAUGGAAAAGUUACCUUCCUCCAGCAUCCUAGUAGAAAACUCAAGUGUGUAGCAGCUUCUUUCCACGAGCUUUCUUCAGUUUGCUCCUCCUCACACAUUAAACAAGAUUUAGUGUACAAGCAAAUGGGAUCCCAUGAGAGGGCUUUAUUUUUUCUUAUUUGUAUUUUUGUAUUUUGGGCUAUAUACACACACACACACACACACACACACACGCACAUAUUUUUAAAAGGACAUCCCAAGCUCACUUUCCUGAUCAACAGCACUUUAACACUUUAGGAUCUGCUGCUAAAAUACUCUGUAGCAGCUUCAUCAGAAGCUCUGGACUGGAUUUUCCAGAUUUCACUCCGGAUACGGGGCUGAUGAGAAUUCAUCUCCCUGGCAAUAGUUCGUGGAGGGAAAAAAAUCCUUUCUUGUCAGAUUGGGUGUAAAGCCAAAACUCUGGGUUUCCUGGGAGAGUGCCAAGAAUUGCAUUUGCUUGCAUACACGCAGCAGGAGUCCUGGCCUGCAAGCCAGCAAGAGUGCGGAAGAAACAACCCGCUCCAGCUGGUAAGUCUGCAUGGCUUUUAUUCUCAGCGGAGCCAAACUCCCUGGCCAGGGUGGUUUUGCACCUCUGGUGACUAGAAGGAACCCCUCAGUGGUUUUGUGAUGUCAAUAAGGUGCUCUGUGCAGGAAGAACGACAGCAAGGGCACCAGCAUUUCAGACUGCAUUAUGCUGGAUACUAAAGUGUUAUUUUUUUCCUAGAAUUGGCCUUCGCAGCUUCGUUAAUUAUCCAGGACAUUUGGCUUAAACCUAAGUUGAAAGGUCUGCUCUGUUCAGUGGAACGGAGACAAACACCUGAAGGUUCUCAAACUGAAGCUGCUGAAAAGACUCAAAUAAUUUGAGUCUUUGGUUCCACAGCAUUUCUACAUGUUGAAUGACCUAUGAGGUUACUAAGAUAAAUACGUGUUUUGGAUAAGUUUCCCAUUUGUUCUAAUCCAAGGCAGUUUCACAAACGUGCCAGGCCAUCUGGCCUAACGGUUCAGACUUAGCAGUUCUGCAUGGGCUCUGCCAGGGUUGCAGUCUCAGAACCACUACUACUAGAUAGGUAAACUCUCUGUCUCAGUUUCCUAAUCUGUAAAAUAGGGAGAAAAAUGCCUACAUUUUUUACAUUACAGGAUUGUGAGGAAGAGUACAUGAUUUAUGUAAAGCUCCUAAUACGUGCUUGGCACAUAGCAAAUGCUCAAUAAGUAUUCAAGACUGUUAUCAUUAGUAAUUAAAAGUAUAUUUGACUAUUUCACCUAUUCAUGGGAGAAAUCCUCAACUGUAUCUGGAAGAGUACUUAAUGUUCUGAAACAGACAAACCAACCUAAUCAGCUGUUACUUUAAGGUUCCUCUCAGUCAUAUUAGGGUCAAGCCCACAGCUCAGGGGAUCCGAGAACUAAUAUUUGCUUGUUACUCUGAAGCCAGGUUCCAGUCACAAUAUGCCACACUCACAUUUACUAACCAGUGUGUUCAAGGCCUCGUAGUUUACCUACCAAUGAAAGCCUCACAGCUCUAAAGAGACAGUGAAUCUUCUAAAUUGCAAAACAUAGCUUUCUUUCUCUCAUCCAUGGCCAUAAAUAUACAUUGAUUCCUUUUUAAUCCUCUGAGUAAUAUAUGAAGGUGUAGAAUAUAUUUUCAUAGUCUAAAAUUCAUACCCAUGUCAGGAUUGGAGAUGUUUGUACAUUUGUUUCUAAGGGAUACAGGAUGUACUCAGAAGACAGUAGCCUUCUGUUUCUCAUGUUAAAUACAUUUGAAAUGUCUGCUAUAAUAUAUGCAAAUAAAUAUUGUAAAAUGACUUCAUUCACUCCUCUCCCUCCCAUCCUUGUUCUGCUUGAAGAUCCUGCGGCCGCAGAGAAAAACACUAGUUGGUUGCUCUUUUAGGGAAAAUUUGUAUAAAGCCUGGCCCGAGUUAUCUCUGGUACCGUGUAAGUUUUCAGUGCCUCUGUCUGCAAGCACCUUGAGUC